AAAAUCCCCACACCUCUUCAGUUGCUCGCUUGACUAUAUAAACAAACCAUGGCUCUAGUUUGCGCAAUCAGCAGCGAGGUGCCAGACCAGCCCGUGGUGUCGCCGCUCUCGGGUGCCGUGUUUGAGCGCCGGCUGCUGGAGAAAUACAUCGCCGAGAAUGGCACCGACCCCAUCACCAAUAAGGAACUCUCUGUCGACCAGCUCAUUGAACUUAAAGUGCCGCCAGUCGCUAAGCCCAAACCGCCCAGUGCCACCAGUAUCCCCGCCAUCCUGAAGGCUCUGCAGGACGAGUGGGAUGCCGUCAUGCUGCACUCCUUCACCCUCCGCCAGCAGCUCCAGACCGCUCGCCAGGAACUCAGUCACGCCCUAUACCAGCAUGACGCAGCCACCCGUGUGAUCGCCCGUCUCAACAAGGAGGUGACGGCUGCGCGAGAGGCCCUGGCCACGCUGAAACCCCAAGCUGGUAUUGCCCCGGCCGCUCCUGCUGGGCCAACCAUCGCCGCCACAGCUGAGGCCGGCGGUGCAGCGGAUGUGCCUAGCGAGGGUGCAGGGCUGACGGAGGAGGUGGUGGCGCGGCUGCAGGACACGGCCACCAUUCUCACCCAGGAGCGCAAGAGACGUGGACGCACGGUGCCGGAGGGGCUUACACCGGCCGAGCAGAUCCGAGGCUACACCACCCUGGCCUCGCAUCCCGGUCUUCACAGCGCCUCCGUACCCGGCAUCCUGGCUCUUGACGUGCACCAGAAGGACACCAGCAAGAUCGUGACCGGCGGCAGCGACAAGAACGCAACGGUCUUCAACAAGGACACGGAGCAGGUCGUUGCCAUCCUGAAGGGUCACACCAAGAAGGUCUCGUGUGUUGUGUACCAUCCCACCGAGGACACCGUCAUCACUGCUUCCCCGGACACACAGAUUCGUGUAUGGAAUGUCGGCACUUCCCAGACUCUUCAGCUGAUCCGCGCUCACGAGGGGCCAGUGACGGGCCUGUCCCUGCAUGCCACUGGGGACUACCUUCUCUCAGCUUCACGCGACCACAACUGGGCAUUCUCGGACAUUAGGACUGGACGUGUUCUCUGCAAGGUCUGUGAUGCCUCUGCCAGCUCCCCGCUCACCGCUGCACAGUUCCACCCCGACGGCCUCAUCCUCGGCACAGGCACACAGGAUGCUACCAUCAAAAUCUGGGACCUCAAGGAACGCUCCAAUGUCGCUAACUUCCCCGGACACAGCGGCGCCAUCAGCUCCAUCGCCUUCAGUGAGAACGGUUACUAUCUGGCCACAGCUGCUGAGGACUCAACAGUGAGGCUUUGGGAUUUGCGCAAACUCAAGAACUUCCGCACAAUUCAGCUUGACGAGGGUUACGAAGUGAUGGACCUCAGCUUCGACCAGUCUGGCACCUAUCUGGCAGUGGCUGGGACUGACGUGAGAGUGUACCUGUGCAAGCAGUGGAACGACCUGCGAAUCUUUAACGACCACACCGCGAUGGCCACAGGUGUACGAUUUGGGGCCAACGCAUCUUACCUGGCCUCGACCUCAAUGGACCGAACCCUCAAGAUCUAUGGCCCCUAAGUCCUCUCUCCGUGUCCUCCUCCACCCUCUGACCACCUCUUCUUCCUCCUCCUCCUCCUCCUCCUCCUUCUUCUCCUUCUCCUCUUCCUCUAGUUUAAGGUCGUAUGGUAUUUCAUUUAAUUUUUUUCUAUAGUUGUAAGUUUGUAGGGUGGAAAAGGGAAUGGAAGGGAGGGAUAGGGGAUAGGAUGGGUCUGUUUCUCUCUCUCUCCCUCUUUCUUUCUUCUCUCUCUUAUUGGUUAAAGUAUAAAGAAGGGAAGGGAUGGGAUUGGUUACUGGAAAGAUCUUAUGUUCUCUCUUUUUCUUUCUCCUCUCUCUUAUUGUUUAAAGUAUAGGGAAGGGAAGGGAUGGGAUGGGUUACUUGAAGGGGUUCAUUUCUCUCUCUCUCACCCUCUAUUUCUCUCUCUCUUCGUGGUGAAUGUGUAGAUAUGAGUGAAGGGGAAAGGAAGGGAAGGGGAGGGUAGAUAAGAGUUUCCAGUUGUUUUUCUCUUUUUUUUCUUCUUAGUGUUAAAUUUAUAGAUAACUAAGUAAAGAGAAAGAAAGGGAAGAGUAGGGAAAGGAGGUGAAGAUAAAAGAGGAGAGGAAACAAAGAGGAAUAAGAUAAGUGAUUGGAGGAGAAGAACCAGAGAAAGAAUGAAAAUGCAAGUUAAGCGAAGGGAAAAGAGGGAAAGGGUGAAGAAAAGAAAAGAGGAGGGAAAGAAAAGAACGAGGAAAGGAGUUUUAGUAUAUACCUGUGACUGAUUUGCCUUCGUUAAUCACAGGUAAAUUUCUACACAGGUAUGUCUUGUGAUGCAAAGGGACGGAUAUGUUUUAUAAUCUUUUACCUAGCGGUGGGCGACGUAGGAUUAGAAGUGAACACCAAACGCUAACUGAUAUAUAUAUAAGAUUUAGUUUUCUUAUACAUUUCUUUUUUUUAAUUUUUUUAUUUUUUAUUCUCUUUCAUUUGCUAUAUUAAAAAGUUCUGGUCAUAUUUUUUUUCAUAUUUCUAGUUUCUGAUUUUCUUUUUCAUUUGCUGUUUUAAUUCAUUCUUUAUUUUUCAUUAUUAUUAUUUUUAUUUUUCCAUUUUAAUUAAUUCCACAUAUAUAUCAAGGCGUUUAGUUGAUUUUCAUGAUGCAGCAAAAUUGUUAAACUAAGUGUAGUGUUUAGUGAUGCAUAUUUUGUGUGUGUGUGUGUGUGUGUGUGUGUGUGUGUGUGUGUGUGUGUGUUUUUGUAUAUACAUAUCGAGGUUUUGUGUGUAACCUCAUAAUGAAAAACUGACUAUUGAUGAUGAUGAUGAUGAUGAUUAGGUUGUUGUAUACAUUUAGAAUUAUAAGGAUAUCAGUGUGUGUGUGUGUGUGUGUGUGUGUGUGUGUGUGCUCUCAAUGAUGCUCAGAGGUGUUCAUUUGGGUAUUAUUAACUAUUAUGAACAUAGGUAACUCAACACAAAGUAGCAACACAUUUUUGAACCAGUUACGAUGUGUUGCAGAAAUGUCAUUGUAAAUUUAUGUAGCCAAGACUUCAAGCCAUUGUUGUUAUUAUUAUUAUUAUUAUUAUUAUUUUUGUGUGUUUAGAAGCACUAGAAUUGUCAGCUCUACUACUACUACUACUACUACUACACUUCUACUUCAUUGUCUACUACUGCUGCAACUACUACUACUACUACCACCACUAUCACAGAAAAGCAAUGGAAAGGUCAGUUUUAUCAAUAACCUGUAUAGCACUUUCAUGCCUCACUGGGGUUCUCCAAUCAUCACAGUAGAGCAAAUGUUUACGAUCAGUUUUUAUCAGUGACAAACGGUACAAAAUUAUUAUGCUACGUACCACCCCAGUCACCCAUAGUUGAGCACAUAUCGUCACCCUCGUAAACAGACCGCCUAUGUUACCUACGUUUGUUACUUUUCGAUGAUUUUUAGAUUAUUGGAACGAUCAAUUUUUAUCAUGUGCUACCCGAGUCAUCCUUACUCAGUCACGUGUAGUCAUUUUCUCGGACGAUUCCAGUACUCGUAUUUUUAAAUGUAUCGGCGCUUCAGUUCGCCUGUUUGAAGAGCCUCUCGUUGAAGAAGUUCCUGGGAUAUUCAUCGACUCUUUUGUGACCCUUGUGAUAGUUUUACACGACCUGCAUCUUGAACGAGAAAAUUACCCUCCAUGAAAGCCCAGUUAUUCUUCUCUGUGGCCUUGGAAAACAGUCGUAAUUGGAGCCUGAUGCAUUUAAGAUUAUGUUCGGUUUUAUAAGACACGUUCUCUUCUCACAUUACGUAUUUCUAAAGGUCAAAGAGGGGAUCAAUCGGGUUCUGAUGAGUGUUUCUAUAGGUUCAUGGUACAGAAGAAGGGUCAAAGUACCACCAGGGUCAUAAAACUACUCCUGGAAAUGCCCGAAACUCUCACGAAAGCCUUGUCAAAUAUGUGUUUCUUUAGGUUCAUGGUACAGAGGAAGGGUCAAAUUACCACCAGGGUCAUAAAACUACUCCUGGAAAUGCCCUAAACUCCCAUGAAAGCCUUGUCAAAUAUGUGUUUCUUUAGGUUCAUGGUACAGAGGAAGGGUCAAACUACCACCAGGGUCACAAAACUACUCCUGGAAAUGCCCGAAACUCUCAUGAAAGCCUUGUCAAAUAUGCGUUUCUUUAGUAAGUUCAUGGUACAGAGGAAGGGUCAAACUACCACCAGGGUAAUAAAACUACUACUGGAAAUGCCCGAAACUCCCACGAAAGCCUUGUCAAAUAUGCGUUUCUUUAGGUUCAUGGUACAGAGGAAGGGUCAAACUACCACCAGGGUCACAAAACUACUCCUGGAAGUGCCCGAAACUCCCACGAAAGCCUUGUCAAAUAUGUGAACUUGGGCGGCGAAAUGUUUUAAGAUAUGACCCAAUGGACGACCCAAGCCCAUUAGUGGCACAUUAGAUAGUGACCUGUUUUUUUGUGUUGCUGUGUCUGUCACCUCAGGGUUGAAGGUGAGGUCAAAUUGUGUAUCAUUAUUGUCUUGAAGUAAAAGUGUAAGGUAU